AUGCCCACUCCGAUCCCAGGCUUCUUGCUCCCACGAGGACCCCCGACAGCUCUCAUGCUGCGCACACUGCAACGGCAAAAUGCCCGCACCUUCACUUCAACAACGGCCGCAUUGAAGAAGGCCAAAAACACAACACCAAAGCCCCGAGUACUCGAAAAGCCCGACCGAUUCCGUCCUCCAUCUCACCCUCAGCGUCUUGUGACACCCUCGCCUAAGAGCGCACCACCGGGACAACCGUUCGAAUAUGGUCCGCGAACAACCGAGAAAGAGCGUGUCGAGCAGAGUAAAACGCAGUACCCCGGCAUGUUCCCACCGGAGGGCACGGUCAUGCACCGAUUCCUGACGAGCAAAUGGAUCCAUAUCUGGAUUUCAAUGAGUGUUCUCAUGGCCUGCGCAACCUUCACAUUCACAACAAACUUCAAAGCGACUUCUCCCUUUGCACACCUUCUCCCACCGUGGUCUGGCCUUCUCACUUCGCCAUUCGGCACCAUUUCUCAGGCUUUCAGUGUGUGGCGCAUGCAUGUGCAGCACAACUCUAUGCGCGUGCGCGAGCAGCGUCACCGCCGCGUUGAGGAUGCCGAAAAGAGAAAGCAGUACCGUAUUGCGCAUGGCUUGGAGGAGCCUGAGAAAACCGCUGAUGGCGAGGUUGAUUCUCAGUCGCCCGUUGCAGAGCCCGCGGUCGCAACACCGCAGAGUGGGGUGUAUGUCGACUUUGAGGGUAAUGAGAAGCCCGUCAAGAAGUGGUUUGGCAUUUGGUGA